UUGUGUGUGUAAACAUGGAGCUAUACGUGAGUCAUAUCCGAUCAUCAUUGCCGCGUGUUGCACCACGCUACAUCAUUUUAUUAGCAGGAUCGAAGACAAGAUUACUGACAAGUGACAGUCUACUUAUAUUCUUUUCUAAUCUGUGCUGGGAAAAGGUGGAAUGAUUUGGAUCAUUUUAUAGGGCGGAAAGACGUGUGUACAACUCAAUAUGAAACGCAAGGCGAAGAAGCGUAAAUUUAGCCAAGUCAGUGCUGGCGAUAUCGAUGUCGGGGGCAAACCCUCACAUGAUUCAGUCCCUGAUGAUGGUGAUGGUGUGUCGAGUGAGGUGGGUCCUCCCGCCCAGACUUCAGGUAGCUCAAAAGCAAAAGGUAGCUCUGUGUCACCAAGAAAUACAAAGAGACAGAGGAUGCGGAAAAUGACCCCACCCCCGAGAAAAAGGACGUCAACCAGAUUGAGAACAACUCACAAGAAGAGUCCCUACUUUGGCAAAGGGGCCACCAAGGCACCUCCGAAACCUACUGGUAAGAAGUGGACGCCGCCCAAGUCACCUUUCAACUUGGUUCAGGAGAGUUUGUUUCAUGACCCAUGGAAACUUCUUGUGGCUACCAUGUUCCUGAAUCGUACGACAGGUGUCAAAGCGAUACCAGUCCUGUGGAAGUUCUUUGACUCGUGGCCAAAUCCUGAGGUGACACGCAAGGCAGACUGGAAGGACAUGGUGGAGAUGCUGAGGCCGCUAGGUCUCCACCAGAAGAGAGCCCAAAUGAUUGUCAGAUUAUCAGAUGAGUAUCUGACCAAGGACUGGACCUACCCCAUUGAGCUGCAUGGCAUAGGGAAAUAUGGCAACGAUUCCUAUCGCAUCUUCUGUGUCAAUGAAUGGAAGCAGGUGAAGCCCACUGACCACAUGCUGAACAAGUAUCACGAUUGGUUGUGGGAGAACUAUGCGUAAGUUUUUGACACAGGGCUUUCUUUUGAACAAUAUUCUGAAAUAUUUUAAUGCUGUCUUAAAGGAUAUAUGUUGAGUACAUUUCUUAUCUCAACAACAUGGGUAUAAAGUCAUCAGGUAGUCUUUCAGUUACAAAAUAGUGAACAACAAUUGGUCAGUUUGUAUUAAAGUAAAAGAAAUAUUUGUUAUGCAAUAUAAGAAAAGGACAUUUUAACCGUGUACAUGAUGUAGUGUUAAGAUUUGUAGAAAAACAAAUGUAUUUCAAUGUUGAUAUUACAAAGUGUAUAGAUUAUAAACACACCAAAUUCGCACUGCUGUUAUAAUUUUGCUGCAUUUUUGGGAAAAAAUGGUAAUUGUUGAAAAAUAAAACAGAAAAAUAAUAAUUUGUUGCUAUUAAUUGCAUGUCCAUUGUGUGAUCAUCACAACUUCUUUGAAUUACCAUGAACUAGGACAACGAAUGCCUGUCUUUGACUGUAUUUUCAAAAACAAUUUUUAUAUAAUUGUAGAUAAAAUUUCUUCAUAUUAAAGAUGUUUUCCCUGUGGUCUUGAACACAUUCAAUUUUAUUCCCACCUCACAAAACACUCUUUUUUUAUCUUGUCAUAAGCAACCAUACUGAUAGUGAGAUGGGAACCAGCAUAUUCCAUGAGAAACUUGGCCGAAGUUUUCGGUCGACGUCUCAUUCAAAAGUAAACAACUUUUGUACAAAGUAGUGCUAGAAAAAAGUAGAAAUAUACCAAUUACAGUCGAGUCUCGUU